CUAGGUAGGGGGGCAUUGACGGGUCCGGUGUGGUGGCAUUGGAGCAAGUCAGAGUUGGUAUAAACCUCCACCUUCCUCCAGUAUCGAAUUUUCCCCCGUUUUUUUUUGUUAUUUCGGUGGUGUAACUACUACGAGAAUAUCGUUUUAUAUCAAACCCCCUUAUCGAUCAUCCACUCCCCCUUUUAAUCUCAGUACAUACCCUCGGUAAAUGGUGGUAAAUGGUGGUAAAUGGUGAUGAUGGUGGAUAACUGCAAAGCGUGUUAAUUAAUGAGGACAUAAUUCAGCUGUUAAAAAUAUGAAUUCAUGCAUCCAUUCGGAUAAAAGGUUGUAGAUAAAAAUAUCUGACAAGAGGAGAAUCUGUGAUCGUUUGAGGAGUGAAUUAAGGUGUGAUGAUGAUGUGCUUGAGACCCACCAGGAGAAAAAACCAAGAUUUAAUAACGUGGUAACGAGUAGUAGACUGAGUUGGUAUUGUUAUUGACUUGGUGAGAGUGACAGGGUCCAUGCAGCUCCUGGGCUCCUCCUGACGAACGAUACGGUAAUUGUUGGUGAUACAAUUGGGGUUAAGGGCUCUUGUGGCUAAUGGGGUGUUUUAGAGGGUUUUCGGGUUAUUUUUACCGGUGUUGUACGUGAAAUGGGGAGUUCUUGGUGGCAGUGUACUGCAUGCCUCAGAGCGCAGGAAGAGGACAUCUGCGAGCUACAGUUGAAUCACUGCAAUCUGUAUGAUGUACCGCCGGACGUGUUCAUUUAUGAGAGAACACUGGAGAUGCUUCAUUUGGAUGCUAACAGAAUAAAGGACCUGCCAAGACCAUUAUUCCAGUGUCAUGAACUUCGUGUGUUAUCACUCAGUGAUAAUGAAAUUACUACACUACCACCCGCCAUAGCUUCCCUUAUAAAUCUGGAGCAUCUAGAUCUCAGUAAAAAUAGUAUAAAAGAGCUUCCCGACAGCAUAAAAGAAUGCAAGAACCUCCGUUCCCUCGACCUCUCUGUGAAUCCAUUCGAACGCUUCCCAGACGCCAUAACGCACAUAGUAGGUUUGCGUGAAUUAUACAUAAACGACGCAUACAUAGAAUACCUCCCAGCGAACUUUGGUCGCCUCUCAUCACUUCGCACACUCGAGCUCCGUGAGAACAACAUGAUGACUCUUCCAAAGAGUAUGAGCCGCCUGACAAACUUGCAGAGACUCGAUAUUGGUAACAAUGAUUUCACAGAACUUCCCGAGGUAGUCGGUGAUUUGACAAAUUUGACUGAGCUUUGGAUCGAUGGUAACGAUAUCCGUCGUAUCCCAGGGAACAUCGAGCAAUUGUAUCGAUUGAAUCAUUUUGAUUGCACGAUGAACGCUGUCCAUGAAUUACCAUCAGAGAUCCAAGGCUGGCGUGACAUAUCAAUUAUGAAUUUUUCAUCAAAUGAACUUUAUCAAUUACCAGAUACAUUAUGUUAUUUACGCACAAUAGUCACCCUUAAAAUUGAUGAUAAUCAAUUGAAUUCACUGCCAGAUGAUAUUGGACAAAUGUCAAAUUUGGAAGAACUUAUUGUGACAAAAAAUUUUUUGGAGCACUUACCGUCAUCAAUUGGUUUACUACGUAAAUUACACUGUUUGAACGCUGACAAUAAUUAUCUACGUGCAUUACCACCUGAAAUAGGUAGCUGCAGUGCACUAUCUCUCCUAUCAUUGAGGUCAAAUAAUAUAUCGGGUGUGCCUCCUGAGCUGGGACACUUAUCCUCAUUGCGUGUUCUCAAUCUUGUUAAUAAUUGUAUACAAUUCCUACCGGUAUCCAUGCUUAAUUUGACCAAUCUCAAGGCACUCUGGCUGAGUGACAAUCAAAGCCAGCCUCUUGUUCCUCUCCAACAAGAGUUCAACAGAGAGGAAGAUAUGAUGGUGUUGAGUUGCUUCAUGCUGCCACAGAAACAGAGGAAGGAGCUUGAACAAAUUGAACAAGCAGUGGGGCCGAUUUCCGGUUCAAUCGUUGGAACCGGAAGGAGAAUAUGUUUUGCUGCUGAAGUUGACACCGAGGUCCCUAGACAGCUUCAUCGUGCACCGACCCCUUACCCAAAGGAGCUACGCAAUCUCGCGAGACACGCACGCAAUCUUCAACAUCAAUCCCUGCAUGAUCAAAGGAUCCAACUGGAACGAGAUGGAGUUAUAAAAGAAGCAGUAGUAGCUAAAUCCAGCCCAUCGCUGAACCUCUCCAAUUCCCAGUCCCAUCCCCUGCCUGCCCUUCAUUCCCCUCAAACGCAAUAUGAAGAUCCUCUGGAGGAGCCAAAUCAGCCAGUCCUCGCUCAGGAAAAGACACCUGAAAUUCGAGAAGCCAAAUGCGUCAGAAAUCCUGGCUCUGAGUACCUCUCACGACCCCCGACUAUUGCGGAUUACGUGAGCUCCACCUGGAAACCAGAAGAAUACUCUCGAACAAAUACAGCGAAAAUAGUUGAAUCGGAGAAGCUCGCUGAGGCUCACAAAAAUCCAGAAAUCACUUCCAACAACCAAGGCAAAGCCAACAAUGAUCCUCCAUUAGCACCUCCACCUUAUCACAUUGCUGCAGCAUUUUCAAAAAAGGCUGCACUUUUUCAACAACUCAAUCGACGAGAUUUAGUCGAUGAAAUGUCGACACAUUCCCACACAACUGACAAUCAUUCACGCAAUUCUUUUAAUGAUUCUCCUCAAGUACAAUUGUGUCAAAAUAAUAAUCAAAAUAGUAAUGAUCAGAUUGAUGGAGAUAUUGGUGGUAGAACGAUAGAUCGUUCGAUUGAUAAAAAUUUUGUUGUUAAAGAGGAUAAACCCAGUAGAAUUCCUGUGUUAAGAGGGAAAAAUCAUGAGACUGUUUGUGAUAAUGAGGGUAAUUUCACUGGAGAUGGAAAUUACAAUUUGGCAUUUAAUGAAUUAGACGAUAGGGAGAGGAGGCAUGACGUCAUAUUGAAUGGCAUCGAAGCACCAGUGUCACCAGUGACAGGAAGAAAAUACAGGAGUCCGCUGUCCAACGCAUACAAUCAACUGAGGCACUCUGAUAGGGGUAGGAAAAUUAAUGGGAGUUUUCGAGAGGGACAGGGUGAAGAUAAUUCUGUUGAAAUGCAGAAUGAUCGGAACUCGGGAAGGAGUACACCGGUGGCGAAUGGCGAAGCAGAUGUGAAUGGAGUGGAAAAAUCAAAGGCUAAAGACGAAAAUAAACCUAGGCUCAAGUGGAUGUUUGGACCACAUAGGAACGUCAAUGUGAUUCCCGUUCAAGUGCGAAAAAAUCCAGGUUUAGGAUUCAGUAUUGCUGGCGGAGUAGUCGGAAAUGAAACCGGUAUAAUCAUAACAAAAGUGAAUCCGGAUGGCCCAGCGCAAGGAACCCUCCGGCCAGGUGACAAAAUUCUCGAAGUCGACGGGAUAGACUUCACGAAAUCGGAUCACGACAGUGCAGUUGCGAUUCUGCGUUCCACUGGAGCAAUAGUCGCAAUGCUGAUAAGCAGACACCAGUGAAGACGCCCACAGUCCUUUCAUUCAUGAAAUCUACAGCAACUUCAGGUUUUUCCUCUGAACAAUAAGCUAUUAUUCUCCUUAUCUACGUAGACUGAAUAUUUCUUAGUAUUUAUCGGCGGUAAAGUAAUAUCAAAAUCCACUUUAAUGAAUUUAGAAGUAAAUGAGUGAAAUAACCCAUGAUUGUUUCAUACGUUUCAUUAUUUUUGUCUAAACUACUGAAUAUCCAUUACAUCGGUGAAAUCCUUUGCAUUUAAUUCUUCCACUCAUUUAUACAGCAUUGCUGAAAUGUGCCUUUUCGUUAGCGGAUCAACAAUGCAAACAAUAUUAUAACACAUUUAUCAGCUGAUUCCAUACUGGUGAGUAACAAUUGAAGCUAAUUGUACUGUAAAAUUACGCUGAAAGAAUUGAUAUUGCUUUACUACCGCAUCUUCUUUGAGUAUUUUAUUCCACUCAUUGAUUGAACCAUGAUGAAACCAUGCACAAAUGUACCUUUUGUAUUUUGAAUCAAUGCUAAAACGAACAAGACUUUCUUUUCGUAGUUUUUGUACUUUAUAGCAUUAAAAAAUUGAAGAAUUGAUGGUUGAAAAUUAAAUGAAAAAAUUGGCGCACACUUCUAAACAAUAUACGUCUAUUUUUAUCGAUUUAUUCUCCGUAAAAUAUUUAAAUGUGUAGAUUACUAAACUCGAUACCUUUAUCUUUCAUUAGAACCCGUGUGCCAGAGACUAAAAAUACAAAUAUUUAUUAAUUGAAAAAAUGAGAAUAAAAACUUAUAUACGACUAUAUAUACACAUCAGAAUUUAUAUGAGAUAGUUAUAUGACAAUGGUAGGUUGAAAAAAAAAUAAUAUUCUUCUAUGUGCCGUACUUUAAUUGAAUAUCGUAAUGUUAGAUGUAUCGCACUGUUGCCAACGGUAGAGAUACUUUACGACUGUUUACCUGUAAUUUAGAAAUUAAAAAAUGCCCUUUAUUUGC